AGAUGGCGGCCAAGGUGAGCCUGGUGCUGCGGCCGGUGAAGAGUAUCGUGGUCCGGUUCUGCCCCUUCGAGCCCAACGUGGAGAGCACCAGAAAAUUUCUCCAGUGUAUUUAUCAUAAAAAAGUCCAAGCUACUAAUACAAACUGUGAAGUGACUACCGAUGUGAGACAUGAUGGAUCUGAGCCAGUUGUAGAUGUUAUGUUUGCUGAUGGAGAUCGACUGAUAAUGAAGGGAGCCCACUUGACGACAGGGGAAAUGUUGUCAGCAUUGUCGUCCAGAUGUCAUGCAAAAGACCUUAAGGAAGAACAGAAAAGCAAGAAGAAUCCCUGAAGGAUGGAAAGAACAACUGUGUUUGCAUCUACAUGUGUUAGAAACAGCAGGCUGCACAGAAGGCUAUUUCCUAUGCAACACAAUCUGAGAGAUGGCCAAAAGACUAGAUGUUCCCUGCCUUCCCUUGAAGGAGAGCAUGCUAGAUCAACAGAUCUUCUAACAUUAGUGGGUCAGAGUGGCAUAAGAUGCAUGAUUGCAUCUUUCUAAGCAGCUGCAUGUUGGACUAAUAUCACAUGUAUUUGCAUAUCAAUGUGAAUAAUGCACAUUAGCUAUUAAAUUAAUACUGCAAUGAA